AUGACACAAGUAUAUCAAAACUUUCAAGCAGCUCGUGAACGUGAUGUUUUUGGUCCAGGCCCUGCUGCUUUAGCUGAUUUUUAUACAACACGUCAACGUGAAAAACAUGAACUUGAACAAUUAAAUGAUAAAUUUGCACAAUAUAUUGAAAGAGUAAAAUUUUUAGAAGCACACAAUAAAAAAUUACAAAUGGAAUUAGAUGUAUUACGAAGUCGUGCAGGACAAGACUCAUCACGUAUUAAAGAAAUGUAUGAUAUUGAAAGGAAUGAAGCAAGUAAAUUAAUUGAUUCUACAAAAUCUGAUGCUGCUGCUGCUAAUGUUCGAGCACAACAAGCUGAACAAGAAGUUAAACGACUACGAGCACGAUAUAACGAAGUAACUAGUUUAAGAGAAACUGAUCGUGUACUAUUCAACGAUUAA